CGAGGCAAAGCCGAGGACCAUGAAGAUGUGUCCGGCACGGAGCGAGGCAAAGCCGAGGACCAUGAAGACGUGCCGGCCACGGAGCGAGGCAAAGUCGAGGACCAUGAAGACUGGUCUGGCAUGGAUGAAGACGGGUCUGGCAUGGAGCGAGGCAAAGUCGAGGACCAUGAAGACGGGUCUGGCAUGGAGUGGCGGCGGCUCCAACGAUUCACACGCUCCGAACUGUUCCACCCAGUCACCCAGUGGCAUUCCAAGAAGAGUCAGCAUGCCAGGAAGAGUCUGAGGAGCCAGAGGCAUUCCACGCAGAGUCGGCAUCACGGCGGUCCUGCCACUGCUGCGCGCGCCUCCAUCGGCGCUCCCAACGACUGA